AUGUUCAGUUCGUGGGAAUCUGUGGUUUCGGGGGUAUUGGGAACACAACUAUUGCUAAGGCUGUGUAUAAUCGCAUCCUUUUGACCUUCAAUAACCAUAGUUUUCUUUCAAACGUUAGAGAACGAGCAACGCAAUGCAUGGGUCUAGCAUCUUUGCAGAAGCAACUUCUUGAAGAUAUUCUCAAAACAAAAAUUGACAUAGUUGAUUAUCACAGAGGAAAAAAAUUGAUAGAGCAGAGACUUUGUAAAGAAAAUAUUCUUCUUGUUCUUGAUGAUGUGGACAAUCAAGAACAGAUAGAUGCUUUGGCUGCUGAACUCAAUUGGUUUGGUCAAGGAAGUAGAGUCAUAAUAACAUCUAGGGACGAACAUAUUCUGAAUAUGGCUAAAGUUAAUAAAGAUAAAAUCUACUGGCCUCAAGUGCUGGACCAUAAGGAAUCUCUUCAGCUAUUUAGUUUGCAUGCCUUUUCAAUGGACCAGCCUCCUAAAGAUUAUGUGCAAUUUUCACAUGAUGCGGCAUGCUAUUCGGGCGGAUUGCCUUUGACUCUAGAGGUACUGGGGUCUUACCUAUCAGACAUAAGAAGCAAAAAAGUGUGGAAAAGUACAUUACAAAAGUUGAAAGAAAUUCCUCAUGAAAAAGUCCAGAGAAGAUUGAAGCUAAGCUAUGAUAAUCUAGAAGACGAUUAUCAAAAAGCCAUAUUUCUCGAUGCUGCAUGUUUUUUCAUUGGAUGGGAGAAAGAAACCGUAAUUACUUUAUGGGAAGCUUGUGGAUAUCAUCCUGAAUCAGCAAUACACAGGCUAAUUAAAAGGUCCUUUCUAAAAUUUGAAGGCUCCUACUUGAGGAUGCAUGAUCAAAUUCGAGACAUGGGAAGGGACAUUGUCUUGGAAGAAAAUCUUAUGGAGCCGGGUAAGCGUAGUAGGUUAUGGUCUCAUGGCCAAAUCCUGGAAGUAUUAGAAGGACAUAAGGGAACUGAUAUGAUAAAAGGCAUAAUCCUUCCAUCUGAUUUAUCGAGGGUUUCUCUAGAUAGUAAACACUUUGAGAUGAUGUCCAAUCUAAGAUUUCUCGACAUUAGUUCAGCAAACUUUAUGGGAAAUUUGGCUCAGCGGUUCCAAAAUUUGAAAGUUCUUGAUCUUAGUGAGUGUAGAUAUCUAUCUAAGUCCCCAGACUUUUCAUGGUUUCCUUACUUGGAGCAAUUAGAUCUUGGAAACUGUGAUUCCUUGGAUAAAUUAGACGAGUCCAUUGGGCAGUUGAGUCAGCUCAAAAAUCUUAUUCUUAAGAACUGUUGGCAAAUAAAAGAGUUGCCUAUGUCCAUUGGUGAUCUAAAAUUUUUGGUUGAGCUCCAAUUGAGUGCUUCAGGAAUUAAGAAAUUGCCCGAUCAUGUUGGACUAUUAGAGAAGCUUGAGGUACUAGAUGCUAAGGAUUGCCAUGAACUAGUGAAGCUACCAAGAUCAAUGGGGAGAAUGAGGUGUUUGCGUAUCAUUAACCUGAGAGGAACUGGUGUUGCUGCAUUUCCUGAUGAUUUUUCAAUCCUUUCGAAUUUAGUGGAGUUGAAAAUUUCUCCAAGGCCGACGACUUCACACAUAAGCACGAGAGUAAUGCAAUUAUCGCAAUCCAAAGAUUUCUUUAAUAUUCCUAGGGAGUUGGCAUACCUCCCAGAACUUCCCUCAAGUUUAGUUGAACUUCAUUGUGAAGAAUGUUCUUGUUUGGGAACACUUUUACCCAACAGGUUACCGAGAACUAGAUAUUCCUUCACUACUGAUGACCGGAUCUAUAAUAGGGAAUCAAUUCUGUGCAUUGUUUUGGAACUCUUCUCAGAAACCACCCUCUAUUUACAUAUUUCAGCUUCUAUCUACCAAAAAGGUAAAACAACCAGGUGUUUUCAUACACUAAGAAUUGAGGAUGUCGAGGUUUCUGCUGAUCGAGAUAUAAUCUACAUUCACCAUUUCAAAGGCUUUGAUUGGUUUGGGAUUCCGUUGCAAGGAAAAGAUGGUAUUGAGAUUUUAGAUAUUAGUACACAUGGCGCUAUAGUGAAAUACUGGGAGAUCUUGUUCAAGAACAAAGAACAUUCAAGUGCCAUGAUGGUUGCAGAAUUCUUCAAUUGGUCAUAUGUCAAUGAUAACAAUGGAGUACAUUUUCAUAUACAGAGCUUAACAAGUUGCUUACGACCUGAGGUUGAAGGAUCAAAUUCUGUUUCUAUAGAAUCAGAGGAGGAAGAGGGAGAGUUGAAGAGGGCUAGUGACUGCAAGGGAGCUUUUGUUGAUGGUUCCAACCAGCACGCACUAGACCAACCAUCACAUGUUCAGGAAAAGGGAAUCCCUCUGGAAAUACCAGAGAAUAAGAAGAGGAGAGGAAUUACCAACAGUAGAUUUCUUGAGUCGUCUAAGAUUCAACACUGUUUCGGAUGUAUGGGAGGAAAAGGGAGAGAUGUUGAGGCCCAGCAAGAGAGCUCGUCUUUUUGA